AUGUCCAACCAAUCGGGUAUUCUAGCCAACCAAGCGCUGCUGGACGAAUUGAACAAGGACCUGGCCAACGCGGGCGUGGUCACGGCACGGAUAUCCAGUGACUCCACCGCUGUCGAGCUAGACAGGACGUACGCUACCGUCGAGGACUGUGUCAAGGCAUUGAGCGACGAACCUCUGUACAUCUUCUACCACGCACCGGCCACCGCUGAAUACCAGUUCAUCUCAUAUGUCCCUGACACCUCUGCGGUGAGAUCAAAGAUGCUAUAUGCGUCCACCAAGAACACCCUGGUGAGACAGAUCGGUACAAACUCAAUUGGCAAGCAGCUGCUGAUCACAGAGGCCAGCGAGCUGGCCGAUUUCGCUAAUAAUCUUGCCAAUGACAACGGCACUGACAAUGACGCACUCACAGAGUCAGAGCGCAGCGCCAGGGAGAUAGACGCCACUCAGAAGAGGGAGUUCUACUCUACUUAUAACUCAAUCUCCGGAAGACAGCUGGUGUCCCAGACUGGGGGUGGUCCAAACGUGUUGCAAUUUGACGUGAAAAUGAGUGACAAUGUCAAGCAGCUGCUGAAGGAGACCAACGUCGUCGCUUUCAAGAUCGACCUCUCUAACGAGGACAUCUCCGUGCUCAACAAGGAGAACAUCAGCAACCCUGAGGAUUUGAAGUUGAGCUCCGAACACCCUACUUACACUCUAUACAGGAACAACGAACUGUACUAUUUCAUUUAUUCCUGUCCAUCAGGAAGUAAAGUCAAAGAGCGUAUGUUGUACGCUUCAAACAAAUCAGGUUUCAUCAAGCAUUUAAAUGAAAAGGAAGGCAUUGAGUUCUCCAAUGUUAUAGAAAUUGGCGAUGCAGAUGAACUGGAACUAUCAUUGAUAUCAUCGGGGACCACACAGCAGUUGCAGUCUGAGGCUAGUAAGUCGGAUUCUAACUCCACUAGAAAGUUUAAUAGGCCAAGAGGACCCGGUGGCAGAAAAAGGUAG